GCGUCUUUCAAGUAUUCUUCCAUGAGCGACUUUAACAAUUACGGCGGCUCCGAAGAGGAGUACGCGUCGGUUCGCAAAUUCGUUGCUGAAACGGAGGCGAAUCCGGACAACUUUGAGAGCUGGGAGAACCUUAUUAAAGCUUGCGAAGCUCUCGAUGGCGGCCUGAACAGAAAUUCGAGCCCUCAGGCGCUCUCCACCAUUCGCGAUGCCUACGAUCGAUUUCUGCUCAAGUUCCCGCUCUUUUUUGGGUACUGGAAGAAAUACGCCGAUCUAGAAUUUAAUAUCGCUGGCCCGGAGUCAGCUGAAAUGGUUUAUGAACGAGGUUGCGCCAGCAUAACUAACUCUGUCGACCUCUGGACCGACUACUGCUCUUUCAAAAUGGAGACAACACAUGACCCAACGCUGGUCAGAGAACUCUUUGAACGCGGAGCUACAUUUGCCGGUUUAGAUUUCCUCGCCCAUCCCUUUUGGGACAAGUACAUUGAGUACGAAGAGCGGCAAGAAGCCCAGGAUCGAAUCUUUGCCAUACAUGCUCGAAUUAUCCGCAUCCCUCUGCAUCAAUAUGCCCGCUAUUAUGAACGAUUUCGAAACCUGUCCCACACCCAACCUCUAACAGAGGUUGUGUCGGCAGAUAUACUGGCCAAAUUUCAGGCCGAAGUCGCGGCUGAGGCAGCUGCAUAUGGUGGUGCCGAACGACCAGAGCUGGAGGUUGAAAGAGACAUUCGAGGAAAGAUUGACGCCAUGUACUACGAAGUAUUCACCCAGACACAGAACGAGGUAUCAAAGCGCUGGACAUAUGAGUCGGAAAAUAAGCGACCAUAUUUCCAUGUGACUGAGCUUGAACACAGCCAGCUCAACAACUGGCGCAAAUACCUAGACUUUGAAGAAGCUGAAGGCGACUUCAACAGAAUUGUCUCGUUAUACGAACGAUGUCUCGUUACCUGCGCCUUCUACGACGAGUUCUGGUACCGGUAUGCCCGGUGGAUGGCGGAGCAGCCUGGGAAAGAGGAAGAAGUCCGCAAUAUCUAUAUCCGGGCAUCAACUCUCUUCGUUCCUAUUAGCCGACCGGGAAUUCGUAUGCAGUGGGCCUAUUUCGAGGAGAGCUGUGGCCGCGUAGACAUUGCGCUCGAUAUCCAUGCUGCUAUUCUCGUUAAGCUCCCGGACUGCGUGGAAGUGAUCAUUUCUUGGGCGAACCUUGAGCGUCGCCAGAAUGGCACUGACGCUGCUAUCCAAGUUCUCAAGGAUCAAAUCGAUGCUCCAACUGUUGAUCUGUAUACCAAGGCCGCUCUUGUGGCUGAGUGGGCAAUACUGCUAUGGAAGGGCAAGAACUCUACUGAAGAAGCCCGAGCAGUUUUCCUCAAGAACGUGCAGUGGUAUGCAGACAGCAGGAUAUUCUGGGAUAAGUGGUUCCAGUUUGAACUGGAGCAAUCCACGCCAGAUAAGGAUGCAGAGACCCAGCAAGCCGAGCGCAUCAAGCAUGUCUUUGAUGAAUUCCGUAGCAGAAGCCGGCUGCCCGCCCCAGUCAAGCGCGAAUUGGCUCAGGUCUAUAUGAACUAUCUGGUUCAACGUGGUGGCAAAGAUGCCAUGAAGGAAUUCCUGGCGGUAGACAGGCAAAUGUUUGGGCCUGCGUCUAUUGCGACCGCGUCUAAGAGUGCAGCUGGCGCCAAGGAGAACGGAGCAUCACUCGGAGAGCUUGAUGCAGCCAGCCAGCGCAAAGCUCAGACUAGAUACCUAAACUUUUACGAAGCCCACCCAGAGGCUAAUGCGGAGGCCCAGGGCUCUGCUGAUUUCAACUAGUAAAGCUCAACAACGGCUAGACGCGAGUUGGACAGGUGUUGCGGACAGCCUGCUGCUGGUAUUAUUGACAUUUCGGGAGCGUCGAUGUUAUAUCGUUUCACUAAGGUGGUGUAUGGUGGUUGUAUCAUGUCAUUUGCUGGACACUACAAGGAGUGGCGGAUUUCUUUGCUAGCCGACAGAUUUGGAUGCGAACCGCGAAUGAUACGGAGGUGGUCUUUGUUUUUUUUUUUUUUUACUCACGCAUGGUAAUUGUGUCUUCUCUCGAAAGGGAGCCGCAGAUGGAUUGAGUCUGCUUCAAAGGGAACAUGCCGCUGAAACGCGAAUGAGGUCUCUAUGAAUCUAAUAAACGAAAAUGAAAAUCAUUGGCUCAAAAAGAUUAAGUUAUAAACUAAUAAAAGAUAAACGUUCAACUACCUGUAU